AUGGCUGCCGCAGCACCAUCACCCCUGGCCAGCUCUGUGGAGAAGACAAAUGGAGCCAAGCUCAGCAGGCUUCUUAUCGACGGUGGAACAACAGUUCUUAGAAAGAUUUUUGAUGGUCAUCAUCCUCCUGCAAACUUGAUUACUGACUUAAAUGCUAAUUACCCCAUUCUUAACAAUCUCUUACGUCGUCGAGUUCUAAAUGGCCAUCAGUGGGACAAACUAUUUCCACCUGGUGGAGUCCCUCCAGACUCCAACACCUUUGACAUCACUCUUUUGUUUCUUCUUCUGACCAACAUUUGUGGACUAACCCCUCCCCCCUCAGGAUGGCACACUAAACCACCCCUAAGUGACACGUCUCAUGAGGCUAACCUUGCACGGGUUAAGUUCUAUCGCAAUAUCUUGUAUGGUCAUGUGACAACCACUGGUGUUGAUACACCAACUUCCUCCGCUCUGUGGACUGAAAUUAGUGGUGUUCUUGUGAGUCUUGGUCUCGAUCAGGCGGAAGUUGAUAGGUUGAAGGCAGAGAAAGGUGGAGAGCAAGAUUAUAUUGACGUGUUGAUUGAGUGGGCUGACAGUGAAGAGGAUAUUAAGUCACAGUUGAAGAACAUACAUCAUUCUCAAAGCCAAACACAUCAAGCAGUUCAAGAUGUACGUCUAGCACAAGUAAAGACUCAAAAGACAGUGAAAGAAAUACAUCAGAGCCAGGACAAGACUCAAAAAAGAGUAGAAGACAUGCAUCACAUACAUACCCAAACUCACCAAAGCGUAAAAGAAGUGAAUCAGAACGUGAGAGAAGUUGCAACAGGUCUUAAAGAAAUAAAGGAAGCAAUGUAUAGUUUAAAAGAAGGAAAAGACAAAAAUAGCUCAGGCGAGGUCCUUAGAAAUCUCACCAAGUCUGAAUUCAGGGGAGACAUUGAAUAUUAUGUGCAGAGAUUUCAAGAAGGCACGCGUGAGUGGGUCUUUGACAGAGUUCAGAACUGGCUGGAUGACAGAAGCUCUCAAAACCGCGUGAUGGUAAUCAGUGGAAAUGCAGGGAUGGGAAAAUCUGUCAUCGCAGCUGUGAUUUGCAAGAGAAUGCAAGAGGCUGGCAGACUGUCAGGAAGCCAUUUUUGUCAGUAUAACAAUGUACGCUACUGUAAGCCUCAGUUAAUGAUUCAGUCGCUUGCCUGUCACUUUUCCCAUGCCCUGCCAGAAUACAAGCAAGCUCUUUCGGAACAACUAUCAAGAAAUCUGGGAACAGAUCUCAACAACAUGGGUGUGGAGGAGUUGUUUGCUUUGCUUUUCAAGGAACCUCUUAGUGCUGUAGGUGACCCAGGAAGAAACAUGCUCAUGGUGAUAGAUGGCUUGGAUGAAAGCGAAUACCAAGGACGAAAUGAGCUUCUUGAUGUGAUUGCAAAUCAGUUUUGCAAGCUUCCUAUUUGGAUUAGUUUUCUCGUCACGACACGUCCAGCCUUAAACAUUGCAGAGAAACUAAAACAGUUGAAGCCACUUAAACUGAAGUGUAAUGAUGCAGAAAAUAUAGAAGAUGUCAGAGUAUUUUGCCUAAAGAGACUUCAACGCGUGGUCAAGCUAGAAAAUGUGGGCGAGUUUAUAGAAAAGCUAGUGUUGAAAUCUGAAGGACUGAUGCUGUACGCUCAUUUUCUCAUAUUGGCGAUUACGGAAAAUCCAUCAGUUUUCCACAAGGGAGACCUUAUCGGCAGUUCACCCUCAGGAAUUACUGCCGUGUAUCAUUCCUAUUUCAAGCGUUUGGAAUGUGAACUCAUAAAGGAACUUAAUGUAAGGGAAGAACAUUUGCUGAAUCUAUUAUCUGCCAUUACCGCUUCAAGGGAGCCCUUGCCAAUGGCCUUUGUUUCUAAAUUAUUAGUACCAGGUACCCAUUCACUACUAACAAAACGUAAAGUACUGAGAGCCUUGGACAGUGUGUCUGCACUUCUGCCCAUCCGUGACGAUUGUGUUCACGUCAUUCACAAGUCAGUUAAAGACUGGUUAACAGACAUUUCAUGUUAUGGGGAGCACGAAUUCAUCAUGGAUGAAAACGAGGGUCAUCGCUUACUUGCGUGCCUGUGUACUAAAGAACUUGAAAAUGUAAAGCUUAAAGGUGUCGAUAGCCUUCAGUUUGGCGCCACUGAGAAGUACGCUUUAUAUCAUGGUGUACAUCACAUGCUACACGAAGGCGUCAAGUUAGAGCCACAUAAACUGGACGAACUGACAAAAGCCUACAUUAUUGAUUUAGAAGUAGUGCAUGCCAAGACCUUCGUGAACAGCACAAUAGCUGCUGAAGACCUUUUGUGGCUUAAAAAGCAGGGGGUUUUUGCGUUGUUAUCAAAAGAUAACCAAAGUAUUGUGGACAGCUGGUUGUUUGUAUUGAGGAAGAACCUCCGUUUACUUACGGAUACCCCUAGCAGGUUUCUUGAAACCAUACUUAACCAAGGAGGAAAAGUGUUGACUGUUGAGGCGUCAAAUCUUUUGCAAAAUAGGUAUCCUAAAAUACCAUAUAUGGAGGUUGUUCAUAAGGAGACGCAGCAGGGAGGUGUUGUAGCCCAAUUUCAAUGUUCAUCUACAGUGAUCUGUUUGGACGUCUCUCCACAGUUGGAUUAUAUGGUGUGUGAAUGUACUGACGGAAUGCUGCAUCUGUGGUCACUCCAUACCGGCAGGCUAGUGUGGACACGUCCAGUCCUAAUAGAGAAGAGUUUUAAGUUCAAGGAGUUCGGGCGCCUCGUCUUCGUGUUUAGAAAUUUACCUUCAGUAAACGCGUUGUCAUUAUUCCGCUCUGUUGUUUUCCACCCUACAAAGGAAUGUAUUUUACCUGGAAUUCUAAGUCAGGUCUAUACUAUGGACGGAGACUUGAAACCGCUCUUUCCCGGAUGUAACUGUAGAUUCUCAGUUUGCUCUAUUUCAGGCGACAAGACCAAGAUUCUAACUAAUUGUCUUGAGAGUUCUAAAUGCCUUGUGUUGUGGAGUUUAGAAAAUGGCUCAAAGGUUGAUCGAAUCAUUGAAGAUGAAGACAUUUUAUCUUUUGCAUGGUCUGGUGAUGGAAGGCUUCUUGUAAUUUCACAUUCUUCGGGAGUGAUUAGUUUGUAUGAUGUGAUGUGUAAUUUCAGAAAACUAACACAAAUGGGUACCCGAAAAGUAUGUGGCAUGGUAAAGUUUUCACUUGAUCAUCGAUUCAUUUUUUGUUACGCUGCAGAAGGCAUAUUCGUAGGCUCCUUUUUUUGUCUCAAGGUUGUAAAGGAAGCAAACAACACAUUUUCCUUAACGAUUGUGUCUGGUGAUUCCGAGACUUUUGAAUCUUUUAAUGAUUGUGGGUUUUUAUUUGGCGAUCUUAUUUCCACAAAAUAUCAUCUGCCUGGAUUGACGUUUGGUCUUGACAAGCAACGUCUGCUACGUUUCUCUUUGAAAGCAAUAGAAAUGGUGGAUACCAAAUACGUAAACAGAAACGAUCAAGGCGUAGAUACUGAAGCUUCUGGGAUAGCACUCAGUUUGGAUGGUCAGACCGUGUUUGUUGCUAGGUUUGCAUCAUCAGUCACUGCUUAUGACGUGUCGAGUGGGAAGCUUAAAGCUGAGAUAAACUGCUGGCCUUUACCGUACCGUCCGUUGUGUCCUGUUAGUGGUGGAGUCCUAAUCUUAACGAAUAAAAGCACUGUUGAGUUGUGGAGUGGUAACCUCACUGAACCAAUCAAAAGGUGGAUCAACUUGCCUGGAGUCAAACAACUGAUCCCUAUAUCAGAGGAACGAGUAGCAGUCGUAGGAGAGGUUGAUGUGAAAGUCCUAGAUACAAUCAGUGGCAAAGUUGUGUCAACAAUCCCACUUUUACAAGGAGAAGUUCUUACUUGCAACAGUAAAUGUCAGCUGUUAAUUCAAAGGACUCUUGAGGCAACUCAGUUUUUUCUUCCUUGUUCGUACUCUCUUCAGCUUUUGGAUGGCAAAACAGUUGUUUGGGGAAAGGAAGGUAUUAACAGGUACCCUUGUGACAAGGGUGUGGCUUUCUUGCCUAUGGAACAGUUCCUUGUUAUUAGCACGACUGGCGACAUAUUGGUCUUGGAUGCCGAAACAGGAAACACAUUCCGUACUUUACGUCCUUCUACAUUUUCCGACUUACGGCAUUGUACGUUUAUCAGUGACGACACAUGUGUUAUUUCUGGUUCUAACAAAACUGUUCAGCUGUUUAACGUCAGAUCUGGUGAACUUUCAAAUGAAAUUGAUGUGGAAAGUCGCGUGACGUGUUUAGCAGCCUGUCCCUUCAAUCGUGUUCUCGCCAUCGGCCUGAGGAACUCCACACCUAAUUUCAAAGUUAUCAGGGUGCAUUUGCCGCGGGGCGAAGACCGUGGAAACAUGGAAAGGUAA